AUGGCCGCUCUUGCAAUGACCCCGACCGCUGUCCGCCAGCCUUUCGCCAGCCUGGAUGCACCUCGCAUGCGUUCCUUGCUCCGGACCAAGCUGAACUUGAAAAACAAACAAGAUGGAGCCCUCUUGUCCAAGAAGACCCAGCCAACAAUGGACGCCGACUCGGAGAAUAUCGACCCAGUCACUCUUAAGCUCUCGACCAAGCGAAAGCGCACUAUGGACGACGACGACUCCGAACCAUCAACCAAGAUUCCUUCCAAGCCAUACAAAAACUCUCGCGUGGUUCUGAAGACUGUGGGACCCAGUGUUACUCCCCGUAUGCCUGCAACUCCCACCAAACCCAUCCUGACCACCCCCAAGUCGGCGCCUGUCCUCAAGCCUGCCGGACGGUCGCCUCAACCGAAGUCGUGCAAGUCCUCUUCCCGUCGUUCGACCAUUGCAAAGAGCCGGCCCGAAUCGACGAGCCGGAAAUCCGUUCACCGUCCCUUCUCUCUUGCUGCAGCCUUGUCUGGUGCCAAGGCGAAGAGCCAGCCCAGUCCCAAAGCACCGGCCUCGUGGGCGUUCGAUAUCUACGUUGAUAACGAGCAGGAAGAGAUGACGAACCUGAUGCAACAUUCCACCUGUGUCCUGGACAUUAAUGACCAGGAAGGAAAAGUGGAGACCUCGGUUCGAGGCAAGGAGAACAUCCCUCCCGCGGAACUGGCCUUGGAUCUUCCGCGCUCUCGCCAGCAGGAGUCUCCGGCCGCUGCAGCCCGCAAGUCGGUCAUGAUGGAGGAGUCUCGUGCUCCUCUUGGAGACCUGAACGCCGCCGACUAUUACGGCGAUGACUGUCAUGCGUUCUCAUAUGUCGUCGUCUACGAUGACGAGGAGACAGCUGGCGCCGAGAAGAAGGCGCCCGCCCACCUUUUGCCACGCACUAGCCCUCGGUCCGUCCCCAGUAAACUGUCGAGUGUCUCUUCCAUCUCCGCCUUGCUUGAGGCCACCCUGCCUGCCGAGCCCAGCACCAACGCCAAGUUGGAGCCAACAGAAGCUGAAAUCGAGAUCUGGGAGAGCGGCAGUGCUGCGGAAGAAGCAGCCGAGGCCGCCGCUGAGUCGUUAAAUCGCGCUUGA